UGGGAUUAGGUUCAAUGUGUAGGUGGGCUUAAGGACUUCAGGAACGAGUUUUCGGCUCUGUAAAAUUUGUUUGUGUUGCAAGCAGUUUUUUAAAGUUACAUUUUUUAGAUGCGUAUUUUUCGAUAUUUCAGUCCAACACUUUUUGAUGGUGUUAAUGUUUAUUUGCUAUUCUUCUGAUAUUUUUGAUGAGAAAACCGAAUUCUGGUGCUCCGAUUUACACGUGGUAGUAAACUGAAAGUGAAACUUCAAGAAAAUGUCAUCUAAAUGUUUUUCUGAGGAGGAUUUCUCUUGUCCAGUUUGCUGUGAUAUUUUUACAAAUCCUGUUGUGUUGUCUUGCAGUCACAGUAUCUGUAAAGACUGUAUUGAGAGAUUCUGGGAAAGUAAAGGAUCUAAAGACUGUCCAGUUUGCAGAAGAAGAUCAACAGGGGAUCCUCCAUUAAAUUUGAUUUUGAAGAACCUGUGUGAGACUUUCCUACAGGAGAGAAGUCAGUUAUCUUCACCAGUUUGCCAUCUUCACAAUGAGAAACUCAAACUCUUCUGUGUGGAUGAUCAACAGCCAAUGGCCCUCAUUUAUCAAAAGUGCGUACACCAAAUUUCCAGCGUACACCUUGCGUACACCCAAAACCACGGUGACUUUGAGAUUUAUGGACGUUGGCGUACGGCACGCUCAAAUCCUACGCCAGCUCUGGAGCAACCACAAUGCUGUCCCGUCAGUGAAGCUGCCAUUGAUAAUAAGGAGAAACUCAAAACUGCAUUAAAACAUUUAAAAGUGAAACUGAGAAUAUUUGAGACGUUUAAACAGAAUUUGGAUCAAACUGCAGAACAUAUAAAGAUUCAGGCUGGACGCGCAGAGAAGCAGAUUCAGGAAGAGUUUGAGAAACUUCACCAACUUCUACAUGAUGAAGAAUCAGUCAGAUUAACAGCACUGAGACAGGAAGAUGAGCAGAAGAGUCAGAUGAUGAAGGAGAAGAUUGAGAAGAUGAGCAGUGAGAUUUCAUCUCUUUCACACAAAAUUAGAGUCAUAGAGGAGCAAAUGACAGCUGAAGAUGUUUCAUUCCUACAGGACUUUAAGAGCACAAUGAAGAGAGUUCAGGGUAGAACAUCAGAUCCAGAGAAGAUCUCAGGAAUGAUGAUCAAUGUAGCAAAACAUCUCAGCAACCUGAAGUUUACUGUCAUAAAGAAGAUGAAAGAGAAUGUUGAAUACAUUCCAGUGACUUUGGAUCCAAACACUGCUCACUAUAGUCUCCUUCUGUCUGAUGAUCUGAGCAGUGUGCGAUACAGUAAAGAUGCAGGGCUGCUUCCGGAUAAUCCAGAGAGAUUUGAUGUCUCUAAGUGUGUUUUGGGUUCAAAGAGCUUUAAUUCAGGGAUUCACUGCUGGGAUGUUCAGGUUGGAGACAACACAGGCUGGGCUCUGGGUGUGAUGACAGAAUCUGCAGAGAGAAAAAAUAAAAUCUUAUCCAGUAGUGGAUUUUGUUAUGUGGUGUAUUUCUCAGGUAAAUACGCUGCAGUCAAUACCAAAUUGAAAACAUCUCUUCAUCUCUCAGUGAAAGUGAAACUAGAAAGAAUCAGAGUUGAGUUGGAUUGUGACAGAGGAAAACUGUCAUUCUUUGAUCCUCUCACUAACACACACAUACACACUUUUACACACACAUUUACUGAAAGAGUUUAUCCAUGCUUUGGUGUUAAGUGUAAUAUUUCUCCCCUGGUGAUCCUACCGGUAAAAGCAGCUUGAAAACUCUCGGGGAUUUAAUUGGAGAUUAUCUUGUUUAUAAAGCACUACGAGUUGUGAUGUUUUUUGGUUUUUUGUUUCUUUCUUUUGUCACAUUCUUUCUGAUACCAUUUUCACACAUUAGUUAGUGUGUAAUGUUGCUGUUAGAGCAUAAAUAAUACCAGUAAAAUGAUAAAGCUCAAAGUUCACUGCCAGGCGAUAUAUUUUCUUUAACAGAAUUCCCCUUUCAAAGCCUACAGUGAUUGGCCUGUAUGGGCUACAGCCCUCUACUUCUCUUCUAGCAGUAUGAGCAGUGCAGAUGAUUUUGUUGUUGUUUUGUUAAAAGGUGAUAUUAAAUGCAGUCAUGUUUAAAGAAACACAUGGAGUUACAGACUGAUAUAAAAACACUGUAUUAUCAUUAUACAAAUAAUUGAUGUGAAAUAACCCAAUGUUUUCAUGUCUGUAUCAUAUUUGUACUAGAAAAUUAUCUGACUGUGUGAGUGUGGCUACUGGAAAUGGGGUGUGCAUAGAUAUAAAGAAAAAAUACUUUUGUCAACUGGUGGUUGUCACGAGUGAAGCUCCUGCUUCUCUCCUCGAUCACCACCAGAGGGAGACAUCUCCCGAAUAUUAACAUUUAUCCAGACUCCAUUUCCCAUAAGCCCACGUACCUGGACUGAUUGCACUUGUACCUAAAUCUCAUAGGACUGCCUAUUUAAACAUCUCAUUCAUUCACACUUAUUGUGAUACUGAGUGCACUCAUUAAAUUUCAUAAAACACCGUAAUAACUAGUGUGCAGCCACUGUACCCUUAAUGACUCGCCGUUGCUAAUUCACUGCGUAUAGAUGAAACUGCAGAGUGCAGACAAAAAGUGAGAUUUUAAAACUGUGUUGUACUCCCAAAUAGAGGCGAAGACACCAGAAUAUCUUCCCUUUUUAUGCAAACAAAUUGUAUGUACAGCCUUGCAAAGUAUACUUAAUGUGACUGGUACACAUACACAGGCAUUUAAAGGGACAUUCCACAUUUUUUGAAAAUAUGCUCAUUUCCCAGCUCCC